AUGGACACCAGCAGCACACAGGGUGCCUUCACCUUUGAACUGACCAUGCACACCGGGACACAAGAGUCUACGGUCACCAACGCACCCGGCUUCCAGAGCAAGAACAAGGUGCUGAAGAGACAGCGCUCCAGUUCCCCCGAGCUCCUGCGCUGCAAGCGGCGCCUGAGCUUCAACGGCCUGGGAUACUCCAUCCCACCGCAGCAGCCCGUAGCCGUAGCCAGACGCAACGAACGGGAGCGGAACCGGGUCAAGCAGGUCAACAUGGGCUUUCAGACGCUACGCCAGCAUGUCCCCAAUGGCGCAGCCAACAAGAAGAUGAGCAAAGUAGAGACGCUCCGGUCUGCGGUGGAGUACAUCAGAGCGCUGCAACAGCUCCUGGACGAACAUGACGCGGUCUCCGCCGCCUUCCAGUGCGGAUUGCCCUCUCCCACUUUGUCCAACAGCUACUCGGCGGAUCCCGAGUCACCGCAUUCCACGUACUCUUCAGAUGAAGGCAGCUAUGAACCGCUGAGCUCCGAGGAACAAGAACUGUUGGACUUUACCACCUGGUUUGACAGAUACUGA